AUGCUGCUUGAGCAGUUCAGUGAUGAAGAAUGGGAACCAGCAACUCAAAGUCACGAUCCUGCACCUGCUCAGGAGGGAGAGGAUGAAGGAGUAUCUGCAGGUCAAGGGCCGGAACCUGAAGCUGAUAGUCAGGAAGAGGUUCGCCUGAAGACUGGGUGUGAGCGUGGAGAUGGUCCUGAUGUCCAGGAGGUGUGCCUGCCAAAUCCAGAGGAGGUGCAACCGCCAGAAGCAGAGAUGAGGUCUCACUAUGUUGCCCUAGGCUGGGAUUCUCUGGCUCUUAAUGAAUAA